CAAACACAAUGCUGCCUUACCAAAACCUUCAAGAAGCAGAAGAAGCCCAUGGCAGAGCUCUCAGUGUUGCAGAGAAGCUAUGGUUCCGAUACUCGGCUCACAAACCAGAUUACGUCCUUCACUACCAUAACAUCAUCUUCCUCAUGCUGUUCUACACUUUGGCUCCUCUGCCGUACGUGUUCAUAGGACUCGGCUGGUUCAAGAACAUGGACAAGUACAAGAUUCAACCGAAGGUGAAGGACUCCUUCUCUAACAUGUUCAAGUGCUAUAAGAAUGUCAUGGGAAGCUUUCUUCUUGUUGUUGGCCCUCUGCAAGUGAUUUCAUACCCCACCAUCCAGUGGAUAGGGAUUCGGACGAGUUUGCCAUUACCAUCCUUGUGGGAAGUAUUUUUGCAAAUAAUGGUGUAUUUUAUUAUAGAGGAUUUCGGAAAUUAUUGGAUCCAUCGACUACUCCACUCAAAAUGGGGCUACGACAAGAUCCACCGGAUCCACCAUGAAUUCGCUGCUCCGAUUGGGCUUGCAGCACCAUAUGCCCAUUGGGCGGAAAUUUUGAUCCUCGGCAUUCCUGCAUUUCUCGCCCCAGCAUUGGUUCCCGGCCACAUUAUCACAUACUGGUUAUGGUUCAUUUUGCGACAAAUGGAAGCCAUUGAGACUCAUAGCGGGUACAACUUCCCUUGGAGUCCCUCAAAAUACAUCCCAUUCUAUGGAGGUGCAGACUACCACGACUAUCAUCACUAUGUUGGAGAACAAAGUCAGAGCAACUUUGCAUCAGUGUUCACUUAUUGCGAUUACAUAUAUGGAACUGACAAGGGGUAUAGGUAUCGGAAGCAAGCCCUUGAGAAGUUGGCGAAGCUGAGACACGAGGAUGAGGGCAGACGAGAAGACGAGCCGUAUCACAUUCCUGCCGAGGAUCGGAAAUCUCAGUAAUAGACUUGAGGGACUCCGUCGCGGACUACCAUAUCAUGACAUGCAUUGUGGAUCCAAAAAGUUGGAGCUAGUUUAAGAUUAGAGGAUGAUUUACAAAUUAGAACAGUUUUCCAUUUAGAGAAGUCAUUUUUCAAUUCUCGUGCAGACAUUUUACUGUACUAUUUAACAAUAAACAUGGAACAGAAACAGCUAAAAUACGUUUA